UAACCAUCUCCUGCUGUGAAUCUCUGUAAUGGAACUAGCAGACAGGGCUGUUGGGUUGCUUUUAUCAGUCAUCAGUUUAUCCAUAUUCACAUAUUAUACUUUCUGGAUUAUCAUCCUGCCUUUUGUUGACAGUGACCAUUUUGUGCACAAGUACUUCCUGCCUCAAGAAUAUGCCAUUUUCAUUCCUGUAUAUGCUGGUGUUGCUCUGAUCUGCUUCCUUUCUAUUUUUAUUGGAUAUGUGAUGCUGAAAUCCAAAAAGAAAAAGGCAUAGGAGGAGGAAUCUCUUUGCCUUCAUCGGUUGAGCUUCUAUGACACUGUUUCUUCUCAAGUCCGUUGUCUUAGAUAGUAGUACAAUGUAUUUCCUUUGCAGACUUUUCAGUGCAUUAUUUUCCUCAAGUUUUGAUAGCUAAGGUUGCAUAUUUCAUGAUUUGCUUCAUUAUUUUGGCCAUAAGAGUAGAAUAAAUAAAAUAACAAGCAAGUUGUUUCGGGA